AUUUGGAGUGUCUUAAUGUCAGGUGAAGCUGAAAAUACAACCACAUCGGAAGCAGUGAGCAAGAAGAAUAAGUACAGGAAGGAUAAACCAUGGGAUAAUGAUCCUACUAUUGAUAAGUGGAAAGUAGAUGAGUUCAAGCCUGAAGAUAAUCCUAAUGGAGGCCCUGUUCUUGAAAGCUCGUUUGCUGUCCUCUUUCCAGAAUAUAGGGAAAAGUAUAUUAGAGAGAUCUUCCCAUUGCUAAAGAGGGAUAUGAAGAAGUAUCACAUUAAGGCCGAGAUGAACUUAGCUGAAGGGUCACUUACAGUCACUACUACUGACAAGAUGUGGGAUCCUUAUAGCAUUAUUAAGGCAAGAGACUUAAUUAAGCUGAUCGCAAGGUCGGUUCCCUAUCAACAAGCUGUAAAAAUUAUGCAAGAUGAUAUGUUCUGCGACAUCAUCAAAAUUGGAGGAAUCGUAAGAAAUAAAGAAAGAUUUGUCAAGAGAAGACAGAGACUUAUUGGUCCUAAAGGAAUGACUCUCAAAGCUUUGGAGAUGUUGACCAAAUGCUACAUUCUUGUCCAAGGAAGCACAGUUGCUUGUAUGGGAUACUUUAAAGAUCUCAAACAAGUUAGAAGGAUCAUUCUAGACACUAUGCAUAACAUACAUCCUAUUUAUAACAUCAAAGAGCUUAUGAUCAAGAGAGAGCUUGCUUCUAACCCAGAGCUUAAAAAUGAGAACUGGGAUAGGUUCCUGCCUAAAUUUAAGAAGCAGAAUGCUAAAAGGAAGAAGCUAAAGAUUAAGAAGAAGGAGUUUAGCCCAUUCCCACCAGAACAGCAGCUUAGAAAGGAAGAUUAUGAAAUGUUUAGUGGAGAGUAUUUCUUGACCCCUCAACAGAAGGAGAACUUGAAAAACAAGGAAAAAGCUAAAAAGAGAGAAAUAAAGAAGAAAGAAAAAGAGGAGGAGCAGGAAAAACUAUUCACAGCUCCUGAAGAGCCGGCUAAGGUUGAAAAGCCUGUGUUUGAAGAGAAAAAGCCAGAUCUAGAUGAACUUAAGAAAAAGUUUAUCAAAAGAAGGAAGAAGUAA